UCGUGACGAUAUUCAUUUAGAAGACCGCGCCCGUCCGUGAGAGAUCGUGAACCGCGUUUGCGGGUGUCUCGUGCGUGCGACGGCCCGGCGCUCGUGAAAAGACUCGACGCCGGCGAGAGACGGUCGAGGACGUCCCUUUGAUUCGCCUUCGUACGAGAGAUAACCUAUUUGAAGUUCCGCUAGUGCCAUCGUGCCACGAUCACGACGUGAUCGCGACGAUAUACAUUUAGAAGACCGCGCCCGUCCGUGGGAGAUCGUGUACCACGUUCGCGGGUGUCUCGUGCGCGCGACGGCCCGUCGCUCGUAAAAGGACGCGACGCCGGCGAGAGACGGUCGAGGAUGUCGCUUUGAUUCGCCUUCGUACGAGAGAUAACCUACUUGAAGUUCCGCUAGUUCCAUCGUGCCACGAUCGCGACGUGAUCGCGACGAUAUACAUUUAGAAGACCGCGCUUGUUCGUGGGAGAUCGUGUACCACGAAUGACCACAACUUGCCUGCACCAUGCCUAAGGAUAUACGGUAUUUAUCUAAGACACGAAAGAAUCAGUUAAUAAAUUAUAAGUUACAUUGUCAUGAAGAUCCUUCUUUGUUGCAAUCAGUUGUUCGGAACAUAGCACUUUCAGUACUUGAAGCGGUAGAUGAAGCGGUAGAUGAAUCGGUAGAUGAAGCAGUAAAUAUUGGUUGUAUUUCUUAUGGAAAUGUUACAGAUCUAAAUGGAUUAGAUGCAUUAUUAGAAUCACAGUCUCAUGUAGAAAGGAAACAUGAAGAACCUCAUAUUGAGUCACAAAAUGACACUCCUGUGACAUUGGAAGAUGUCAUAGAUUGUAUGGAUGAAACGACUUUACGAACAGAUUUACAAAGAUUAAUAAUGGAAGAUGUGUACAAGAAGGCGAUUUUUUCCACAAUAGAGUCAUUUUUCCUGAAAUUGAUUGUACUUUACGUACAAACGAAACAUUUAGAAAUCGAAUUCAAAUUGAACAUUACAUAG